AUGGGAGAAUUCCAAAAUUCUGAUGGAUACAAUUACUUGUUCGGCGAAGCUGAUGAAAUCACCAAGAGACUCGAGGAAUACCACAGAGAACGUGGUAGAGUACUCGAUGAUUCUCAAGUGCCUCAUGUAAACAACUCUCCUAUGGUCAAUCAUCACUAUCAAAACCAACCAACGAUCCCUACUACCCGUUACUAUAAUCCCAUCUCAUCUGAACACUACUAUCACUCUUCACAAGACAUUAUUUCUCCUUCUGUUUAUCAUCGUCAGUUUCAAAGCCAACCUAACAGUACUCGACAUGCUCUAUGCUGGAAAUGUUUGAUAUGGUGGCUAAUAUCGAUGCUAAGAGGGUUGUUCGUACCAAGACCAACGUCGAGACCAAUACAUACACCAAUACCCUUUAACUCCUAUCCUCACCAUUCACUCUCAGGCUCAGAACGCUUUGGGGAUCGACCAGACCAACAACAUUACGAUCAUCGGAUACAAGAGCGUGAAAGAGUAGACAUAGAUGGAGGAGGUGAAGCAUUAUUAACAGCGAAACAAAUUUCUCAGUUACCUACCGUCAAAUUUAAACCUUCUAUUCAAGAUAAAACGUGUAUGGCAUGCCAUUUAGAUUUUGCUAAUGGAGAUAAAAUGACGAUUUUACCCUGUACUCACAAAUAUCACAAAGAUUGCAUUUGUCGUUGGUUCAAAGACAGUAAGCUUUGCUGCGUUUGCAAAAGGGAAGUGGUCGUAUGA